AUGUGUUGCCUGGUAACAAAUAGCAAGGCAAUUCAAGACUUUCUGUCAACCUCGUUCAAUUGCAAAUUGUCGUGUUUUCAUUGCCCGGGUACCUGGCUCGGUUGUCAGACCCGGGGACCCCGCACCACGCAACAAGUGGCGUGCUCACAAAAGUUCUGUCUGCCAUCUGAUAAGCGACCCGGCAUUUGGCAAACGUGGCCCUUGAACCUAAGAUUCCGGAGUGAUCACGAUCAAGACACACCACUCAUCAUGACGCAAAUUAAUCCAGCCGCGCCGACUCCCCAGGAGGAUCUGCAGACCGUGGUGCAAAGCCGGACCAGGGAAUGGCACUUUCACAUCUACUUCCUCCUUCAGUCGCCGACCGAAAAGGCUGCUGCCCUGGCCCUCCGUGAUGCCGUCUUGAGACUGCGGCGCGACGGCGCAUUUGUCGCGGUGCCGCUGCAUCGAGUCAAUGAGUAUCCGAUUGGACCGCAUCCCGCCGGCUCGUACGAAAUCUGGGUGCCCGAUUCAUCAUUUUCUGACGUCUUCUUUUACCUGGCGACAAAUCGUGGGGACCUUAGUGUCUUGAUCCAUCCUCUGACGGAGCAGCAACGCCGGGACCACGAGUCUCGAAACGGCUGGCUCGGCAAGCCCUGGCCGAUUUAUUUGGAUGGAUUGCCGCGCGAGAGCGACGAGGUGCCCCUACAAUAUCCAGAGCUGCGACUUGGAUGGUCUUCGGCGGCGGAGGACGAGAUAUCGCUGGAUGAAAGACGCAAAAGAGGUGCAGAGGUUGAAGCACUACUGGCAAAAGAUCCGGACGCUGCGCCGGCCCCAAAAGAUUGA